AUGAAGUCUUUGAGCGCACCGAAGUCUCCUAAACAAAGGAACACGAGGAGGGUUUCUAAACCUGUUAUGGAGAAGCGCAGACGGGACCGGAUCAACAGCAGUCUGGAGACUUUACGGCACCUGAUGUUGGAGAACACUCAGGACGAGAAGCUGAAAAACCCCAAAGUGGAGAAAGCAGCGAUCCUGGAGAGUGUGGUGCAGUUCCUCAAGGCGGACAGGGAGGUCCAGAGCUGCCCGCAGCAGAGACCGACAGCCGGCCUGCAGCCCGACUACCAGGCCGGGAUGACGUCAUGUCUGACCAGGGUCCGCCACUUCAUCAGUCAGAACCAGAACCAGAACCAGGAUCCGGAGGGGCCCGGCGGUCUACAGCCGGCUCUGGUCCACCUUCCCCCCCCUCACCCCCAUCACGUGGCGUCUCACUCUUACGUCACCCUGCAGAGGAGGACGGAGCUCCACUGCCACACCAGGACCUCCGUGUCCGAGCCGGUGUGGAGGCCUUGGCCUGAGUGA